AUGAUGUUCCCCAGCCUCAUCGCUCCGCCGGCCGUCUACCCCAGCCUCCUGCGCCCGACCCCCACCCUCACCUUGCCGCAGCCGCUCCAGUCCGCUUUUUCCAGCCAAACUUCCCCUGCCUUGCUUCAGAGCGUCCCUCCAAAGACUUUCUCCUUCCCGUACUUUGAAGGAUCCUUCCAGCCCUUUAUCAGAUCUUCCUAUUUCCCAGCCACCUCUGCAGUGGUCCCUAUCCCUGGCACCUUCUCCUGGCCGCUGGCUGCCCGUGGCAAGCCCCGCCGUGGCAUGCUGCGCCGCGCUGUCUUCUCCGACGUGCAGCGCAAGGCCUUGGAGAAGAUGUUCCAGAAGCAGAAGUAUAUCAGCAAACCCGAUAGGAAGAAGUUGGCAGCCAAGCUGGGCCUCAAGGACUCACAGGUGAAGAUCUGGUUCCAGAACAGGAGGAUGAAGUGGAGGAAUUCCAAAGAAAGAGAGCUCCUCUCUUCUGGUGGCUGCAGAGAACAGACCCUACCCACCAAGUUCAACCCUCACCCAGACCUCAGUGACGUAGGCAAGAAAUGCUCAGGAGAGGAGGAGGAGGAGGAAGUUUCCCCUGUGUGCCCACCCAGCCCCCAGCAUCCCUUAAGCUACCACCAGUCCCCAGAACAUCUACACUUGAGGGACAGACUGGACUCCCAGAUGUCUCCUUCUCCAUCCCAUUCUAGCAGCCCCAGCAAACCGUCAGACUUCUCAGACUCAGAGGAAGAGGAUGAUGAAGGGGAGGAGGAAGAGGAGGAGAUAACAGUCUCUUAG